AUGGGCUGGUUCUGGGCAGAGACGACUUCUUCGCGACCAGUAGCCCCUCAUCCUAUCCCUUCAAGAGCGAAUGCAGAGCCACCGCCAUCAUGUCCGAUGCACAACAAGACGAAGACUGCUCUCACACCUCCGCCGUCACCGCCUUCCACCACCGACCGACCCAGCGCAUGCCCCGUAAAACACGAUGCGCCUCCGGCCAACGCAACGCCCUCAUACAUCUCGAAACUGAACCCUCUGAACUACAUGCCGAGCAACAUCUCCAACAAGCGCGAAACAGAUCUCCAGUCCGUCAACCUCCCUCUCGAGCGCGAAGCCUCGACAAUACCUCGUGGCGAUGGGCAAGGAAACUGGGAGUACCCCUCGCCGCAGCAAAUGUACAACGCUAUGCUACGGAAAGGAUACACGGAUACGCCGGCUGAGCAUGUGGAGAGCAUGGUCGCGGUACACAACUUUCUGAACGAAGGAGCGUGGGAAGAAAUCAAGGCGUGGGAAGAUCGAUUUCAGGGUGGACUUUAUAAGGGUUGGGAGAAAUGCGCAAAGGGUGAAGAAGGAUACGCACAACAAGCCACAAUAGAUGCGAUCAAGCGAAUGCGGCGACAAGGAGAAGAGGACCCGGAGCCCAAACUCUUACGCUUCGAAGGCCGACCGGGCGAUCUCACACCGAAAGCACGGAUGCUCAGUUUCAUGAGCUGGCUAUACCCAAGUCAAUUCCCUGACAACCCGCCUUUUGAUCGCCACGACUGGUUUGUGGAGCGGCAAUUGCCUAGUGGCAGGACCAAGGAGCUGAGAUAUGUGAUUGACUACUACUCGGGUCCACCGGAACCGACGGGUGAGCCUGUCUUUUACCUGGACGUCAGACCUGCGGUCGAUGGUCCUACGGCUGCAUGCGAGAGAAUGUUACGAUGGGGCGGUGAUGUCUGGUGGCGAGCAAGUGGAGGGAGUGUACGAGAAGAGCUGGCGAGGCAGAAGAAGUAA